GCGGCAAUUCCAUUCACUUUCCAGCGACUUUUAGAAUGGGCGUUGCCUUGUGUUGAUGGCAAGACCAGUCAUGCCUUCUGCCCUCUCCAUCUGGCUCGCUAUCUCCUUGUCGUGAGCCUGUUGAUCACACAAACCUGUCCGCCUUUGGCCGCUUUGCCUGCAUUCCCAAUGGCUGUAGCGGACCAGCCUUCGGGCUUAAUGGACAUCGCGAGCACCCUCACCCAGGAUGAAAUCCCUUACAAACUGCGAUGCGCUAUCUGCAACAAGCUGGCUGUUAACGCCUUCCGGCUACCGUGCUGUGACCAAGCUAUCUGCGAAAACUGCCAAUCGUCACUUCCGGAAACUUGUCCCGUCUGCGCUCACACCCCGCUCUCAUCCGACCUCUGCAAACCGAAUAAAGCUCUUCGGACUACCCUAAAAGCUUUCCUUCGUACAGAAGAGAAGAAACGCGAAAAGGACCGCCAAUCAGCGACCCCCGCUCUUCCGGUUCCUGCUACUCCUGCAGAUGCAACCCCAUCUCAACAAGAGGCUCCGGUAAUUACGAGUGUUCCCGAUAACAAUACUGUGCCAGUCGUAUCGGAGGAGCGUGCUGUGGAGGCCGUUCAGGAACACCAAGAGCAGCCACCUACGGAAAAUGAGCUCGUGGAAGCUAGCACGGAAAAUGUGACGGAUGCGAAUAAUGAGUUUCCUGCUGAAUCACAGGUUCAGACCGGAGAUGGAGAUAAUACCGCGGCUGAUACGCCCAAGGAUGAUGCGGCGGAGCCGGAAGGGCCCGUUGAAGGGGACCAGGCCGCAGAUGCCAACGAAGUUCAACCUGCUGAGCAGGAUGUAGAACAAGCUCCCGGUUCAGGUCAGAUGGCUCCUAGCGCUAUGGCACCCAAUAUGGCCGCCGGGGCAUUUCCCAACAUGGCCUUCAACAAUGCAACCGGGGAGUUCAACCCAAUGGCCCAGUUCAUGUCCAAUGGCAUGUUAAACUUCCAAAACUCUAUGGGAAUGCCUGGGAUGGGAAUGGACCCGAUGGCCGCGAAUCAGGGUAUGUUUGGGGGCUACGGGAUGAACAUGAAUGGCAUGAACAGUGGCAUGAAUAUGGGAAUGAAUUUCGACGCUGGUCAGGGGAUGUACGGGGGAUGGGACGGCUCUCAGAACAAUAUGUGGAAUGGAGGCCCAGAUAAAUUCAAUCCAAAUGCUUUCGCAAAUGGUAUGGGCCCGCAGUACGGGCCCCCCUCUGGAUUUGGCGGAUAUAAUAUGUCUCAACCCAACGGAAAUUAUGCUCAAAUGCAGCAACAACAAUUCCCUAACCAAGACUUUCAGAAUGGGUACUAUGGUCCCGGGUAUGGCAGAGGCAACUUCCGCGGCCGCGGUCGUGGAUAUUUUGUCCCUGGCGGCCGUGGCCGUGGUGGCUUUGCUGGACAUAUGCAGGCUAAUUACCCCCCUAAUGUUAACCAGCUAGGUUUGCAGAACCCGAAUUCCCCUAAUGUCAACCCAGAGAUGCCGUCCGAGGAUGGCGUCCAUCCUGAAUCGGCAGACCCAAGUGCUGCAACUGAUCUUAAGCCCGAGGAUGAGCAAGUUUCUAGCGUUGAGCAAGAAUUUCCCGAAGGCCUACCAAAGGAGACUACGGACGAGACAAAUGGCGAGAACCCGUCCGCUGCCAUGCAUGCUGAUGAGCCCUCUACAGACGAAGUCCAAGCAGACGAGUCACAGCUGCGCGGUAUACCCACAAUUGACAGCCUCGAUCAGGCAAAUAUGGCUCAACCAAUGACCUUUGGUCCUAUGGGAAUGCCUGCGUAUAUGGGCCCCGGCUUUGGAAGGGGCGGGUACAUGAAUGGCCCGUUCCCUGGUGGCCGUGGCUUCCCUGGUGCGCCUUUCAUGGCUGGGCCUAAUAUGCAAGUUGAACCUCGAGGACAAGGCGUUGAAGGUGCUCCCGCUGCUCCCCGAGCAAUGCGACAAGGCCUUCCAAAUACGAGCGUGCUACGACAACGGAACUUCCAGUCACAACAGGGACGAGGAUCUGCUCCUCCUGUCAGACCUGAUGUCUCCGAAAGUGCGACUCCAGUAAACACUCAGGAUGAGUCAAGACCACGAUCACAGUCGAGGUCAAGGUCAAGGGCCAGAUCCAGAACUCGAUCCCGGUCACCAGCCCGCCAUCAAGCUGAAACCUACCGUCCCAAUCGCCCUCGCUCCCCGAGCGUUAACGGCAAUGCAGAUGACCGUGAACGAAGACACGAACGACAAAAGAGAUCUCGCCGUGAGGACCGUCGUGAAGAGGCAUAUGCGACAGAAGAGGGUCGCCGUAGCCGUUCCCCCUCUCGCUCUUCUCGAAGAUCCUCCCGACGCCGGGAAAGAGACCGGGAUAGAAGGAAUGGACGUCGAUCUCAUCGUUCGUAUCGCUACCGCAGUCGGAGUCGGAGCGCUAGCCGUCGUGGAGACUCCCGUGCACCUGACCGUCUUCCAUCGGUUCCCGAGGAAAACGGUCUGACAUCUCGAGACAAGGCUUCUGUGUCGGGUGAGGUAAUGGAGACAUCUAGUCGCAGCCAUCGGCCCACCAAGGAUCGUUCUAGUCGCCGUGAAGAGGAGCGAGAGAGGGACAGAGACUCCAGGCGUCGGGACCGGGACCGAGAUAGGGAUCGUGAUCGCGACCGUGAAAGAGAUCGGGACCGGGACCGCCGUGAUAGAGAUCGUGAUCGUGAUCGAGAGCGAUACCGAGAAAGAGAAAAGGAUCGAGACCGCUACAGAGAGCGGGAUAGGGAUCGCGAGCGGGACAGAAAACGAUCUCGCCGUGAUCGAACCGAGUCACCCGCCGGCAGCGAAUACUCCUCUCGACAUCAUUCCCGACGAAUUAAACGAAGCCGUGAAGAUGACGUCCGCAGCGGAGACAAAGACAAGGGUUCCUCCAAAACAUCUGAACUGGAAAAGGAUCCACACACUCUGGAGCGAGAAGCUCGCAAUCGCGAGAGACUACUAAAGGAGCAACAGCGCCGCGAAGCCAUGGAUGGCGGCAGCAAACCCAGCCGCAAACGCGACAGUCGACAGGAUCGAACUCUCGCAGGCGGACGACGACUGAGUUACAAAUACGAAGACGAGGAGACCGACUCCGCUCGAGCUGCCCGAGUAGAAAAGGAAAGAGAAGCCAGUCGAUGGGCGUAAAUAGAAACAUCUUCUUUUCUUUCUUGAUCUGAUCUCUUUUGCAUUUUUGACAUCGAAUGGCCAUGUAUAUGGAGCCCACGAUAUGAUCUUUUUUUUUUUUGCAUGAAUAACCAUGGCGUUGGCCCAAUUCGAUUGACAGAGUAGAUAGAUCUGCAAAUUUAAAAAAGAAUCUAUGUCAAAUACUGUAUUGUAUCUCAUGAAUCUCAGUUUAGAUUGUAUAAU